AUGGAAGACUUCGGCAUGGAGGGGUAUGACCUGAGUGCCAUUGUCAAGAGCGUCGACGGCAGCAAUACAGACAGCCAUCCGGCAGCGCAGGCCGCAGCGGCCCUACAGGCCCUUGCAGAGUCCGGUGCCGCCGCUGCCGACCCCGCGCGCCUUGCGAGCGCCGCCGCCACGCUGCAGCAGGCGCUGCGCGCCGGCGGGGACAAGCAGGCGGCGCAGCAGGCGCUGGUUGUGGCGCAGCGCGCCGGCGCGGUGGGCCCGCUGCUCGCCGCCACGCAGCAGGCACUCGAGGCGUGCUCCGAUGCAGACGGCAGCGCCGGCCAGAACGCAGCAGCACGGGAGGCCGCGCUCAUUGCGUGCCUGCGCACAGCGCGCGCCCUGAUGGCGAACCAGGACGCGAGGGGCGCAUUUACCAGGGAGCGCGGCUGCGAGCUGGCACAGUUGCUGCUGCGGGCGCCGGCGGGGCAGGCGGGCGGCGCGCUGGCGACGGCGGUGGGGGCGCUGGCUGAGGCGGCGAGCUUCAGGGAUGAGGAGAACAAGUGCAGGUUUGUCGACAUUGGCUUUGCCUCUGACUUGUUCCGCCUGAUGGAGCAGCCAAACACGACCCCUGCAGCCACCGCCGCCGCCGCCGGCGCCCUGCGCGCGUUUGUCAAUGCUGACGACGAACGCAGCACGGGCUCCAAGUGCUUCGCGCAUGCGCGCGGCCUGGCCAAGAGCGCUGGGGCGGUGGGUGCGCUGCUAGCGGCGCUCCGGCGGCUGGGCGGCGGCGAGGCGGCGGCGGCGGCAGCGGUGAUGGCGGCUCUCAAGCAGAUCGCGGCCAACGACGACAUCUGCCGCGAGGUCAUGGAGUCGGGCGGGACGGACACGCUGCUGGUGCUGCUGCGCGACGCAACCUCCGCACGCGCCGGCGGGGCAGCGGCCGCGGCCGUGACGGGUGAGCAGGAGGACGCCGACGACGCCGUCGCGGGCGGCGGCGGCAGCAGGGACGGCAGCGGCGGCGGCGGCGUGCGCGGCGCGGCCGCCGACCUGGCACGGGGCGCUGCCGGGGCGCUGCGGCAGCUGGCCAACAGCGACGCCGUGAAGAGCCAGCUCGCGGAGGCUGGGGCGCUGGAGGCGAUCAUGCGCGCGCUGCGCGUCUUUGCCGACGCCCCCGCAGUGCAAGAGGAGGCGCUGGGCCUGCUGACCGCGCUCACCCUGCGCAUGCCAGCCAUCUCAUCCGCCGCCGCCGACGCCGGCGCUGUCGAGGCGCUCGCAUCUGUGCUCGAGGCGCAGGCGGCGGCCGCUGCAACGGCCAACGGCGCCGGCGCCGGCGCAGGCAAGCUGCAGCAGCGGGCGGCCGGCGGCGGCGGCGCGAGCGCCAAUGGUCCCGGCUCGGCGGGCGGCGUCGCGCGGCAGGCGUGCAUGGCGGUGCGCAACAUGGUGGUGCGCAACCCCGAGCUGCGUGCCCCGUUUUUGGAGCGCGGCGCGGAGGCGCUGCUGCGGGGCGUCAAGGCGCGGCACGCGGAUGUUUGCGGGGACGUGGGCAGCGCUGCGCUGCGCGACCUGGGGCUGGAUCAGUACCAGUAG